AUUGCUGCAGCAUGAAAAACAGAGUUUUACGUCCAAUCAUUGCAUAUUCGUAUAUUUAAAAUUAUUACCCAUAAUAUUUUCAUGUAAUGUACAAUGGGUUUGCUAACCGUACUUAAAAAAUUAAAACAGAAGGAAAAAGAGAUGCGCAUUUUAAUGUUAGGUUUGGACAAUGCUGGUAAAACAACGGUUUUGAAAAGGAUGAAUGGGGAACCAAUCGAUACAAUAUCACCGACUCUUGGUUUCAACAUCAAAACCUUAGAGCAUCGCGGAUAUAAACUUAAUAUAUGGGAUGUGGGUGGUCAGAAAUCAUUGCGUUCAUAUUGGAGAAAUUACUUUGAAUCUACAGAUGGACUUAUUUGGGUAAUUGACAGUGCAGACAGGAGAAGACUGGAAGAUUGUAAAACAGAAUUGUAUAAACUUUUACAAGAGGAAAGGCUAGAGGGUGCAAGUCUUCUAAUAUUUGCAAAUAAGCAAGACUUGCCUGGAGCAUUGUCUGCAUCGGAUAUUGCAGAAAUUCUGGAACUGCCUAAUAUUAAAACUCAUCAUUGGCAAAUUUUUAAAUGUUCUGCAGUCACGGGAGAAAAUCUCGUGGAAGGAAUAAACUGGAUCGUCGACGAUAUCUCCGCGAGGAUAUUCUACUUAGACUAAAACUCACUGUAUUAAAAUGUAUGAUUGAUGUUACUGCUAGUAUUGUAAUUUUUUACUUUAUUUAUUUCUCAUCUCUCGGAAGGCACAAAUAUGAUACUAUUGUUUUUUU